CAGCAGCUGGACCAACGGCGAAAACUUCAGUUGUGAUGCGGGUUGCAUAGGCUGCAGGGAUUUAUCCGGUCCGUCGGUCCGUCUCGUCCCCGGGAAAGUACGUCAGGUCUGUAGCACCAAGCACAGGGGCAAGCAGUGUUGGAAGUGUUGGUGGUGGCAAUGAGUGACAAAGUAUUAGCACGAUGAAUUCGAUCGCACCAUAGGCGUGGAAAGGUUAAAAUAAUUGCUGUGAAAAUGUGAUAUUAUUGCCGCAAACGAAUCGCCGGUUCGAAACGAAAGGUGUAAGGUUCGGUUCCAAGUGUGUUUUUGUGUGUCUGUGUGGUCAUUCCAAAUUUUGGUGUUUCCUCCCAGUACUCCAUCACGAUCCAGUGCACGGUCAUAACCUCGCAAUAGUUUAACAUCAUCGCUGUGAAUGAUUUUUGUUGCCGUCAUCCAAGCCCCGAGAACUGGACGGUUCUGUGAUGCUGUGAAGGGAGACGACACACACGCACGCAAUUUCCUGAAGUUUGCAAUUGCAAGUCCUCUUUCCGUUCCCUUCUCCACAUCGAUCGCUGUUUUUUCCGGUCCUUAUUUCCUCAAACGAGUAAAAAAAAGGUUGUGAAUCAAGUGCAACGAACGCGUGUCUCACGAAGCUCCUCAAAGCUGUCUUCUCUAUCUCCCCCGGUUUGUAAAUUCCGACACAAAUGUUUGCCACCUCCGUGACGCUCGCGAUUGCAAACGGACGACCGACGACGGCGACGACCACCAUGAUGGACCGGACAGAGUAUGUGCUAGGCCUGAACAAACAUCGCAAUCUGGGCCCAACCGGACUGGACAAGACCACGAUGGCAGCCCUGGCCACUAGCGGCAAGUUUAUGAUAUCGCACCUGCAGCCGCACGAUCAACUGCCGCACCUACCGAAGCCGGUCGAUCACUAUCCGCAGCAGUACGGUCACCAUCACCUGAACGAACCGGCGUACGACAGCACGUUCGCCAGUGCCCGAUACGGUCCGAAUUUGUUACGCUACGAUCCCGGAUCGAACCCGUCCUCGCAAACGGGUUACUACGCAGCCGACUACCAUCACUACCAUCACCACCCGGCGUACCAGCAGCAGCCGGCCCGGGCAGCGCACCGGUCCAGCAGCAGUGCAGUAGGUGCCGACCCGAUCACGGCCCGCUCGGUAAGCGAGCGGCUGAACAACUACGACUACCGCAGUGAACGUAACCGGGUCGCCCUGUACGGUGGUUACGGCACGGAGCCGGAACGUUCAUCAAGAGCCCCGAUCGGUGGUAUCCUCAAGAACAACAUUACGCCGAGUGGGAACUACCACCACCACGGCGCUGGCAGCCACAGACCCCAGCAGCAGCGGGCACUGAUUUACGACGACGCGCGGCAGCAUGAGCUGUGCAAUAACGUGCGCGACCAGUACCAGCGUACCAGCGUGCCCGGUGAGCCCAAGAACACCAACAGUGUCGUCGACCUGCAGCGCUACAACGUGAACUACAGCCUGAACUUUACGAAAAAUCAGUACAACAUACUGAUCUCCCCGCCGCUCCAUCCGGACCUGGGACCGCGGGUGGCCGUCCCACCGUACGAGGAGCAGCAGCCAGCAAGCAACCGGCCGCCGACGACACGCGCAAAGCAUCAGCUACCACACUACAAUCACCGGGAGCGUCCACCGGGCCCAGCAUCGAACGGUCAACCGAACAACAAGAAGUCAGCAGACGGUGGGAAGAAACCGCCGUCCAACACGGUGAACCGUCACGAACCUCGGGCGGGGCACGAACCGGGUGUGAUACUUUCCGAGAAGCAGCUGCUAGCCCAGCAGGAAGAGCUGGCGGGCAAGAUGCAGCGGGAAGAGAUCAUCAUCGAGCACAGCCAGCUGAUGGGUGGAGAUGGACCGGGUUCCGCAAUCUUACACCCCGGCGCCGAACGUCCCGGCCAGCUGCCGUACGAUCAUCGACGAGGUGCGGGAAGUACUUCCGGCUCGAAGGGACUCGGCGCGUUCAGUGUGCUGACGCAGGGACAUCACUUUACACAGAUAAUUGCAGCACUCGCCGUAUCGCUCGGCCCGCUUGCCGCCGGUCUUGGGAAAGGCUACUCCAGCCCGGCCAUUGACAAUCUGCAGGAGCUGCAAAAUGUGAAGCGCGGCAACUACACUCACUUCUCGGUGAACGAUCAGCAGGUCAGCUGGAUCGCCAGCCUCUCCCUGCUCGGCGCCCUGUUCGGCGGCAUGUUCGGUGGCUUGGCGAUGCAGUACGGGCGCAAGCGGGUUCUCACCCUGAUGUCACUCCCAUUUUCCAUCUCCUGGUUACUGACGAUGUUUGCCAAAUCGGUCGAAACGAUGUUCUUUACCGCGUUCGUCGGUGGAUUUUGCUGUGCGAUCGUUUCAACCGUGGCGCAGGUGUACGUGAGCGAGAUCGCUUCGCCGGACAUUCGGGGGUUCCUCAGCGCGAUCCAGAAGAUUGCCGGCCACUUCGGUAUGCUGAUCUCGUACCUGCUCGGGGCGUACCUGGACUGGCGCCAGCUGGCCAUGCUGAUCGCGAUGGCACCGAUAAUGCUCUUCAUAUCUGUGAUCUAUAUACCGGAAACGCCGAGCUUCCUAGUGUUAAGAGGGUGCGACGAGGAGGCACACCGCUCACUACAAUGGUUGCGAGGACCGCACAAAAACGUGGAGCUCGAGCUGGACACGAUCCGCUCGAACGUACGGACGACGCGCAUGAAUCUGCUGAAUCGACUCAGCUCUUCAGCACCAGCGACGGCGAACGGUACGGUGCCGGUAGAUGGCGCCAACGGCCUACCACUGGGAGGUGAUCGACGUCCCGGACUUCGCCAUUACAUCGAGAUGAUCUCGUUUUCGGUGAUCGUCGCUAACGUCAAGUCAGUCCUGCGCAACGCGCGUCUAGUCAAACCAAUCCUCAUCACGUGCGGAUUGAUGAUCUUCCAGCGUUUCACCGGUGCCAGUUCGUUCAACUUCUACGCCGUCACCAUCUUCCGCAAAACGUUCGCGGGGAUGAACCCACACGGUGCGGCCAUUGCAGUAGGCUUUGUGCAGCUGCUAGCCUCGAUGCUUUCCGGUUUGCUGAUCGAUACGGUCGGUCGUAUCCCGCUGCUAAUCGUCAGCAGUAUCUUCAUGUCACUAGCGCUAGCCGGGUUCGGCUCGUGCGUGUACUAUGGCGAAACGAGCAAGAUGCUUGUGGCCGAAGGAGGCGUCCUAUCCGACGUUAGCAUGGCGGCAGGCCAGAAUGACUGGAUACCGCUGCUGUGCGUGCUCGUGUUUACCGUGGCCUUUGCCCUAGGGAUAUCGCCUAUCUCCUGGCUACUGGUUGGAGAGCUCUUCCCGCUCGAGUACCGCGCAGUGGGCAGCUCGAUCGCCACCAGCUUCAGCUACUUCUGCGCCUUUCUCAGCGUGAAGACGUUCGUAGACUUCCAGAGCUUUCUCGGGCUGCACGGUACGUUCUGGCUGUACGCAUGCAUAUCCUGCGUGGGGCUGUUCUUCGUCAUCAUGGUCGUGCCGGAAACGAAGGGCCGCGACCUGGAGGAGAUGGACCCGCGCUACGUGCGAACGCUAACGAUCAAUCGAUGAGACAUGGGUACCCACGUAGAGUAUUUAGUAUAGUAUUUAAGGGACCGCUUCCUUUCCCGUCUGCGGCACGGCUUGUUGGAGAUCGCGAGCGCUUCUAAACUCCUGAAGUCUAUAAGGGAAGUCCCCGGCGUCAUCCUCUUGCUUGGCUUCAAGGUGUUAGUUUAGCGACUGCAGAACUGACCUCCCAGAGCCGCAGAUACGUCACGAAGUGUGAAGUACCGCUCGUUGGACAAGUAUUAGACAAACGUCAGAGAGUCCACCAGUGGAGGAUCGCUGUGGAAAGGAACCCCCAUUUUUAGCUCAGCCGCUUAGCCCUCGUCGGACGCGGUCCUUUGGUAGAGCAUUUAACUAGACUGUGCGUAGAAUGUCUUUGUGUUUGUGCUUUCCCUCAAUGCGCCCAAACUCUCCGCGGUAGUAUUCGAAUUGGAGAGAUGAAGGAGAAUUCAACGCAAAAUCGAGCAAUUGUUCCUAAUAGAGUUUCGUCGCUUGUUUGUGUUGGUGGCACUACCACGCUGGUGGGUUUACCUACCCUCCAGGUGGUUCUUACGUAGAAGGAGCUAGAAAAUCUAAGCAAAAAACGAUUUAAAUAGUAAAACUCGUCCAGUUGAAACGAAAUGUAAAACAGCAAAAAAAAACAAAAAUACGAAAGUGGAGGUCCUAAGGCUUCAACAAAAAAAAAAAGAAGGUCAAUUGUGGCCACGGUGUUCCCGCGUGCGGCAAGCCCGCGCGUCCUUAGAUGGUAGCAAACAGAGAGAGAGACAAUAAUUUAUAAAGUAGAGCGAAAAACAGAGUAUAAAAUGAACAAUUAUAGUAAACCGUUUAACAAAAUUGAGGACUGUGCCGGCCUGCACAGUCCGGCAGACUUAUAAAUAUAGAUAUAUAUACAGAUCUAUUAUACAUACUUAUAUACAUACAGAAUCAAAAACAAAACAAAACCAGACUGGCCAGUCGCGGGCUACGGUCGGCAGGAGAAGUAUUUUUAAAAAAAGGAAAACCAAGCAAAACGAACGCACCCCAGGAACGGAGGAACAAUAAUCUAUACCGUAGACAGUAACACAUAAUCGAACCUUGCUUGCAAACUAGACAACUUAGCCCCCUCUUAUGGAGCAGUGUUGGAAUGAAGAAAAAUGUGGGGUAAGAGUGCCAGUUCCGUUUCUUUCCCUGCUUCCUUGGGCAACAGAAAUGUUCGGGGAGGGGUACAGUUUGCAUUUGCCUAGCCUAGAUCCUAUAUAACGCAUGUUAGUGUACAUACCGAUCGAGGGAGAGCGUGCGGACUCUUACCCGGUGCGCUAGAGUUAAUGCCGGCCAAGCCGGGUGUGCAAGAUUUUAUAAAUCGACAUAUCUUCCAACAAACGUCAGUGUGACAGUUCACGAUAGUGGGUGAGCGAGUAUUGGCCACCAGCAACACGACACGAGGCUCAAAAGUGCGAUUUGUAAUGCAGAUUGCAUGCAUUUAGGCGGCUGUAUACAACCUCUGCCUAAAGGUAUACAAUCCGCAGAACAAAAUCGACUUUAUGGAGCAUUAUGAUUAGUCACUUAUUAGUACAGCGUGGAGACUUAAGUAAAGCUGUCACCCUACUGUCUAGUAUGUAAUCUGUUUUUGUAAGCGGCAAUCGAGUAGGGAUGAUUAAUUUAUUUUACGCGUUUCCUUCACCAAGUCAAUUGAAGACUCUCCUUUUAGUAUCGAAUACGUACACUGUUAUCACACUCUUACUACUACUCUUACUAACUACUAACUAGCAGAUCCCUCACGAUUACACCCUAUCUACCUGAUAUUGACAUUAACACACACACGUACACUCAGCCACACGUUGCGUAUCAGUUGUAGCGAUCAGUACAACUAAAAGUAUAUCAAUUUUCCACUAGUACAAAGCUGGUUAUAUCAGUAAUAGAUGAAGUUUAAAAUUGUACUGUUUUUAUUGCCCGCCCCAAACUUUCACGUUAAGCGUACUGACGCACUAUUAAUCUCCCAAGCGUAGACAAGAGAGAAAGAGAGAGAGAGAGAGAUCGACCAAAACGCAUUCGCACUCGACUCGAAAUUAUCUCGAAAAACUGUAUCGUACAAAAACAAACACAACAUCAACAAAAAAGUGAACCUUCCUUCUCUUUUACUCAACGCUCGUGUUAAGCCACAUUUUUGACUAGCCCCGUUGUUUCCUGGUUCUAUUGUUGCUUGCCCAAAGUACUACUACCUACUACUACUCUUGCAAACUACUUCUCCCUUUUUGCGCACAGGUUCGGAGCGGAGGUAGAAAGAGAGAGCAGUUUGAUCUUUCCACACAAGUUUAACACGCGCACACACUAACACAGAAACACGUUUUUAUAUAUUGACGACGACGUAAGCGACACGAGAACAGAGCGUACAUCGAUUCGAAGGAAAGAGGCUCACGACAUUGAGCGUACCGGAAUGCCAUGACAAUAAAGUAAAGCAGAGAAACAAAUCAAAAACCGAGUGUUCAGUCAACUAGGUACCAAAUGGGUAUCAAAUGCCUAGUGAAAGGGAGUUGAAAAAAAAAAAACAAACAAACAGAUGGUAUAACUAGCAAACUAAAGUAAAGCUUAGCUACUGAUGUAUCGCUCGUUUUUUGAUGUGAAAAAGCAAAAAUCUACAAGAGCCUCCCAAAUACGAGAAAACAUUGCGUUCUCAGUAGUAGGGUUUAGCCAAUCGUAAUAGCUUUCUUUCGCUAUAAGACCCAUUUCAAAUCCCUACAGCUCGAAAUGUCCCAUUUUAAACGUAUCGGAAUGAGCCACAAAAUAAGGAUAAAAAGCUGUAAACCGUUAUAACUGUAUUUACAAUUCGUGCUAAACGGCUCGAAGCAAACGAUAUCGAGUACACCAGGACAGUGUCAUAGCAUUUUUUGAGUAAACAAAAACAAUGGGCUUUGCUUACUUUCAUAAACAUCGCAAAAGCGUUUGCCGCUCAGCCAAAUCGGGAUAUGGGACCGAACAUUUAGAGAAAGGUGUUUUACGCUGUUUAUAUCAUUAAACCAACGCAACACAAGCAACAGUGGCCACGUGACUUAGGGAGGGUUUUUUUUCUUUUUCUUUAGAUCAAAAACAGAUUUACUCGUACUUACAGCAAUUAAGUACCGAAAACGACUGCUUAGGUACAAGUGGUUUUGAUGCAUGAGACCAACACCUGACCGCUUCUUCAUCAAUUUCGUGUAAUCAGCUUAGGGUGUACCUUUGUGUGUUGGCAAGGGGCAAUCGUACUGUGCAAAAGAGAUAGAGAGAAGAGAAAUACCGCAAUAACAUUAUGUGUACAUUGUUUUUGUCUUAAGUUGGUUUACAAACUGUAACGCAAAUAGUAUCGAAAUGAAUUUCAUUUUUUUACAACUAAACAUAUCAUUCGUUUUCUUUAUUUUGUUACUCUUAUUUACUUUUGUAACCUUAAAUUUAAUAUUGUUUUCUUAUUAUUUUACUUGUUAUUUUGUUACUUUUACAGCGUAGUGGUGCUUGCUUUGGUGGUGCUUGCUCAAAUAAAGGAAAGAAAAAACCGUAUUCCUCUUAAAAGAAAGAAAUUCUCCGCUGCAAAAUGGUAAAAAUAUGUGCAAAAUUCUAAAGCGUUAAUAUAAAAAACAAACAAACCCCAAACACCGUGUUAUUUCCUAACAAUUCGUGACCGAUUCUACUACAAUAAAAAGCGUGUUGUAAUAGAAACAUUUUCUUCUUAGCAUAGUACGUCGACAAUAUGAUAGAGCGAAUUAGAUCAAUUUUUUCUACAACGACACAAAACAAAUACCAAAUUGAAAACAAAAACAUAUUUGCUGUGCGAGUAGGAUGGAAUACGUAAAACGAAAUAAAAUAUAGAGGAAGAAAACAAAAAAAACGUAAGCAACACGCCAACCACAUAUACAAACAUAUAUGAAAGACAACAACAACAAAAGAACAACAACAUUUCGCAACAUACAACCACAAAACAACGUCAAUAAAUGAAAGGAAAAGGAAGAGGGAAAAACAUACUGAAACUCCAAGAAAAGUAGCUUUAAAUGUGACAAUAAAAAAAUGAUAGUUGUUUAUUACUUAGUAUCGCAUGAGUAAAAGAGUAAAACUAAGGCCAACUAGAAAAGCCUAACCUACCUUGCAACCACACUUAUAUUCAUGAUAUAAAAGGAAAGAAUGAAAAAAAAAACCAAUCAAGAGAAACGUAAAGGAAAAAAAAAACAAAGUUAGCUAAACGAAGAGAGAUAAAUUAUUACUAAAAACUAAAAAUCAAACUUAUUACCAUAGGUAAAUUUAUGAACAAAAGUAAAAUGAGACAAUACAAUGCACUAGGCAAACAAGAUAAGAGGGAGAAGAGAUAAAAGUAGAAAAAAGACGAACAUAAAUCUAAAAUCAAUUGCUAGCGAGGAAGAAGCAGCACACACUAUUGGUAGUAAAAAAAAAGAAUGCCGAUUGGUGUUUUUUGUUGCGAUUUUGCCAACAGUGGUUAAAACGAUGUGAUCUGUUGUGUCGAUGGUUGAUUCUCUUCAUUCAGUCUGAAACAGUUAAAUAAGUUUUAUGGUUCUUUCCAUGUUGUCUGUUACCGCGAUCUCGUAUACGGUGUGAUCGUGCUUUAAACUUUACAUUUUGCCAAGCAUAGCCAACAAUAAUCUGCUCUGCUCGUCGAAGGUAAGGGGCACCAGUUUACUGUUAUGUCAAUGCUACCGAAACCCCAGAUUAAGCAACGCUUUAAAGCUCUAUUUAAUUGCUCUUCUAAAGAGACUUCUAAACAAACAGGCAAACCAGAAUAGCUAAAUAUAAAAUAAAGAAAACACAGUGUUCAACUAAAGAAGAGAAGAAAAAAAUCAAACAAUUUAUCUGCGGCAAGAAACCACAAAGAGAGAGAGCGAGAGAAAUAAAUAAAGAAAACGGAUUUAUCAUACACCGUAAAAUGCGGAAGCAAGAAAGGAAAGCUUAUAGCGUUAAUAAAUAUAAAAAAGGUAAAUAAAAUAAAACAAAUUUAACAUUUCACUCGAACUCAAAUAUCAAAAGUAAAGAAACGAAAAGUAAAAAACAAAAGAAGAAAAAAUCGCCCCCAAAGCGUAUCUAUGAAUGAAUGAAAACGGAAGAUGAACUUUUUUGCUAAAAACGAGUUGAAUUGUAUGUCCCUUUUAUUGAUUUUAUUGAAAGUUUAAUCGAAGAAGAGGAAAAAAGCAAGAGGAAUAAAACACGAACAAAUCGACACUAGAAACAAGUGAGGCUAGACUGUAAACAGUACACCAAAACAAAACAAAA